AUGGAGCCAGAAAUGGAGCCCAUGUUUUCUCAUCUCCAGGAGCCUGGGCAAAGUGACAUUGCAGGUUGUGCAGGGGACUUCAUUUUUAGUGACAACAAGGAAGAGAGAGGUAUUCCUGAAGAUCUUAAGCCAGAUGUACUGCUUGAAGCCCCCAGCCCAGGCCCAGACAGGGAGGCAGCCAGCCCUAAAACCCCGCACCGAAAAGUGAGCUCCAGCAAACUUGCCGUCGUUGCCAAAGACCAGAAACCACAUGCAGAAAAGAAGCCCUACAAGUGUACGGAAUGUGGGAAGGGUUUUAAGGGACACGCCAGGCUCCUGAAGCACCUGCAAACCCACACAAGUGAAAAAUUGUUUGAGUGUGUAGAAUGUAAGAAGAGUUUUGGGAGGAAGGCCAACCUAGUGCUGCACCAGAGAGUCCAUGUGGGAGAGAAGCUCUACAAAUGCAAAGAAUGUGAUAAAACCUUUAGCCAUCCCUCAGACCUUGUUGCUCACCGCAAAACCCAUGCAAAAAAGAAAGCCUUUGCCUGCACCAUCUGCAAGAAAAGCUUCAGAGGAAACGCAGCUCUCUUCCGGCAUCAGAGAGUUCAUGUGAAUGAGAAGCCCUAUAAGUGUACAGAGUGUGGAAGCAGCUUCUCUCUGCACUCAGACUUCAUCAAACAUCAGCAGAUUCACUUGAGAGAGAUACCCAGUGAAGACACAGCAGCUGCAAACCUUUCUAAAUUUACAUCUUUGCAUCAUAAAGAAGAGCAAAGUUGUGGUGCAGGGAAAAAUGAGAUGGAUCACUUGAAUCUUCUUCUUGAAGAAU